AUGUCAUCAAAUUCGUUCACUCGUCAAGAAUCUCAAUAUCCAGGUGAUCGUACAGCUCCAAAAGCAAGUCUUCGUCUCGAAUGGGUUUACGGCUAUCGAGCCGCAAAUUGUCGAAGUAACAUUCAUUUAACUGAAAAUGGCGAAUUAGUUUAUUUCUCUGCUGCUGUUGCUAUUGUUCAAAGUAUUUCUAGUAGAGAUCGUUGUCAACAACGAUUUUUUCUUGGCCAUGAUGAUGAUAUUAUCAGUUCAUGUCUUCAUCCAAAUAAAAAUAUUAUUGCAACUGGUCAGAUUGGUAAAAGCGCACAAAUUUGUGUGUGGAAUUCACAAGGAAUAAUUAAAUUAGAAAGUCUCUUACAAGGACAUACAGAUGGUGUAGGAGCAAUUAAUUUUAGUCUUGAUGGAGAAAGAUUAGCUAGUGUUGGCAUUGAUUGUGAAAAUACCAUUAAAAUUUGGCAUUGGAGCCGCGGAAAACUUCUAGCAACUGCUGUUGGACAUUCACAACGUGUUUUUGAUAUUUGUUUUUAUGGUGAUCAUGUUAUUACUUGUGGUAUUCAACAUAUUCGUUUUUGGACAGUACUUGGAAAUACAUUACAAUUUGAAGAAGGGCAAUUUGGAAAAUCAGAAGCACAAACACUUAUGUGUAUUGGACAUUUUCUAAGUUCAGAUACGAAACAAUCGACAGAAUCUACAGAUAAUGACUAUUUCUGUUUAACUGGAGCUAUUAAUGGAGAUUUUUAUAUUUGGAAAAAAUAUAAAAUUUAUAAAUUGAUUCAUGGAGCACAUAAUUCAGCAAUUUAUUCAAUUGAUAUGACUCCUGAUGGUUUUCUAACAAGUAGUAAAGAUGGUUUAAUUAAAGAAUGGACAAAAGAUUUUUCGCCCACCAGAGAACCAAUUCGUAUUCCAUGCUUAAUAAACCUUAUAGAAGAAAUAAGUGUCUGUAGUGUAGCGUCACGUAAUGGCUAUUGUGUAGCUGGUACUCGUAAUAGUGAAAUCUAUGGAUUUGAAUUAAAUGGAAAUAAUAAUAUACCACAGCUUCUUGUUCAAGGUCAUUAUGGUCAUGAUGGUAGUUUAUAUGCAUUAGCUUGCCAUCCUCGAGAAAAUAUUUUUGCUACUGGUGGAGAUGAUUGUACACUUAGGUUUUGGAACGCUGAAAAAAUGUCAUUAGUCAUAUUUUAUUCUCUACCAUAUGUACCAUUAUCACCACCACCUUCUAUUCGAUCUUUAGCAUUUUCAUCAAAUGGAAAUCAAAUUGCUGUUGGAUAUGAUAAUGGCUAUAUUGAAAUUUAUCAAACAUUAUUGAAACGACUUGAAGAACAACGAAUCCAACCGAUGCAUACAAUGCACGAUCGUGCAGAUCGUAUAAGCGCAUUAGCCUUUUCUCCUAAAGAUAAAUAUCUUGCUGUUGGUUGUGCUGAUGGUAGUUUUGAUCUUUACGAUAUUGUAAAUCAAUUUCGAAAUUUACGUUUUGGAAAUCAUACCAAUACUUCAUGUGUUACGAAUAUUGAUUGGACUGACGAUGAAAAAUAUGUUUACUUUACGGGAGAAAAAAAACUAGUUUUUAUAGUUAAUAUGUCUUCUUUACAAAUUGUAUCUGAAGAUCAACAAGAUAAUAUACGAAAUUGGUCAACAUUUACAAGUUUAAAACAUAGAGAAGUUCGUGGAAUUUGGAAUAAAUUUGCAGAAAAAACAAAUAUUGUUACAAUUGAUGGAAACGAACAUGCGGGUGUUAUUGCUGCUGGUGACAAUCAAGGACUUAUCAAAUUAUUUCGUUUUCCAAGUGAAAAACGUGGUGCCCAUUUUAGAAAAUAUGUCGGCCAUUCAAGUAGCAUUGCUAGCGUAUGUUUUCUUCACGACAUAAGUCGUUUGAUAACAAUUGGUAGUGAUGAUCGUACAAUAAUUCAAUGGCGUUUUCUAUCGGAAUCAGAUUCAAUUGCCCUGGUGGAUGCACGAAAACUGAGUAGUGCACCAACUGCUUUGAACAGAGAUAUGAACGAAUCAGUGGCGGCAGAUUUAGCAGAUGAAGCUAUUGAAGAUGUACAAAUGUUACAAACAGCUCAACAUGGUGGAACUUAUUUAGAUUCAGACUCAGAGGAUUCGGAUUCAGAUUUAAGUGGUGCAGAAAUUGAUUCAGAUAUUGAAAAAGAAAAGCAAAUUUCAUAUGACAGAACUUUGUAUAGAGAAGAUUAUCAGAAAUUAAAAAAAAACAAGAAAGAAAAACUACCACCAGGCGAAAAGAGAAAAAAACAACCAGAUGACGGUCUCAUUCUUCAUUAUGCAUUCGGUUAUCGUGGCUAUGAUUGUCGAGAUAAUGUUUUUUCUUUAAAAACUGGCGAAAUUGUUUAUCAUGUUGCUGCACUUGGUAUUGUUUUAAAUACAGAACAAAAUCAACAGCGAUUUUAUAAUUGUCAUACUGAUGAUAUUUUAUGUCUAUGUGUUUCACCUGAUGUGACAUUAGUUGCUACAGGACAAAUUGGUCGUGAUCCACCAAUUCACGUAUGGGAUCCAAUAAGUAUGCAAACAAGUUCUAUUCUAAAGGGUCAACACUAUCGAGGCAUUUGUGCUCUUGGAUUUUCAAAUAAUGGUAAACGUUUAGCUUCAGUUGGUUUGGAUGACUAUCGAACGAUUGUUAUAUGGAAUUGGAAAAAAGGAGAAAAAUUAGCAUCACAAAGAGGUCAUAAUGAUAAAAUAUUUUGUUUACGUUGGAAUCCACACGCAGAUGAUCAAUUUGUAACUGUUGGUGUGAAACAUAUUAAAUUUUGGACACAAGCUGGCGGUGGUAUGACAUCCAAACAAGGUGUUUUUGGGAAACUUGCUGGAAAACAAGGAAAAAAAGAUCAAAUGUGCGUUGUUUUCGGUAAAACCGCUGAUAUGUGUAUUACUGGUGGUGGAGAUGGAUGUAUUCAUAUUUGGAAACAAACAUCAUUAACAAGAAUUGUGCCCGGUGCACAUAAGGGACCUAUAUUUGCUAUCACUGCAGUACAAGAUAAAGGUUAUGUAACUGGUGGAAAAGAUGGAAAAGUUAUACUUUGGGACCCAGAAUUGCAAAAACCUAUAAAAAUAUAUGAAUUGACAAAUCAGCAUUUAGCUCCAGAUUCUCGAGGUAGACUUAGUGAAGAGUCAACUUCAAUUCGAGCUGUUUCUUUAACACGUCGUAUUAUCGUUGGAACAAGAGGUGGAGAAAUAUGUGAAAUUGAAAAAAAUGGCUUGAUUCGUGUUUCUAUUCAAGGUCAUGCUGAAGGUGAAAUAUGGGGUUUAAGUACAAAUCCAAAAAAACAUGAAAUAUGUACUGCAAGUGAUGAUAAAACUGUUCGAGUAUGGUCAUUAAAAGAUCUCAGAAUGAUUCGAUUUCAAACUUUUCAAAAAUUGUUACGUUCAUGUGAAUAUUCACAAGAUGGAAAAACAAUUGCUGUCGGAACAAAAGAUGAUGGCCGAUAUUUAGCUGUUGGAACACAUGAUAAUUUUGUUGAUAUAUAUAAUGUUGAAACACGAAAACGAGCUGGUAUUUGUAAAGCAAAUUCAUCGUAUAUCACACAUGUUGAUUGGGAUGCAAAAGGAAAAUUUAUAAAGACAAAUUCCGGUGCAAAAGAAGAAUUAUUUUAUGAAGCGCCACGUGGUACAAGAAUAACAUCGAUUAAAACAACUGAUGUUGAAAAAAUGAAUUGGUUUACAUGGACAGGUGUAUUAGGACUAGCUUGUGAAGGCAUUUGGCUACCAGCCACUGAUGUAACAGAUGUCAAUUCAACUGAUUUGACUACAAAUAAGGAAACUCUAGCAACCGGCGAUGAUUUUGGUUUUGUGAAACUAUUUGAUUUUCCAGUUAAAGGAAAAUUUGCUAAAUUCAAAAGAUAUACAGGUCAUAGUGCUCAUGUGACUCGUGUUCGUUGGGCUUUUGAUGAUUCAUAUUUAAUAUCAAUUGGUGGUCGUGAUGUUGCUACAUUAGUUUGGAAACAUGAAUGUAGUAGAGCCGUGGAAAAUACAUCGAAUGUUGCGUCCAGAACGAGUACUGCUGAAACUCCGACAGCUGUUUUGUCUCCUCAGCAACAACCACGAGGGGAAAGUGAUGAUUCUGAUAAUACAGAUUCUGAAGAAGAAGGUUACGAUUCCGAUGUACAACAUGAUCGAGCUAUGGAUUACAAUUCCCGAUUUCUUAUUAAUCCAAUACGAAAAACUGUUGAUAAAAAGAAAUUACCACAACCAACAAUAGAAAAUCGUAAACCAAUUCGUCUAAAAGUAAAACCAUCGAAUCGAAAACUUCAAGAUGAGUUAGCACUUAUUAAAAUAACUUUAAAAUCUGGACUUAGCUUAGGUAUAUUAAAUGCAGCACAAGACACUUCAACAAAUGAAGAAUUAACAGAUGAUGAUGAUCAAAAACCACGAGGACGUAUUGUUGAUCUUGAAUUGCAUCAUAUUUAUGGUUAUCGUGGUUUCGAUUGUCGAGACAAUUUAUUCUAUUUAGUUGAUAAUGAAUCUAUUGUGUAUCCAGCUGCUGGUGCUGGUGUCAUACAUAAUAUACGUCGAGGCACUCAAAAAUUCUAUUUAAAACAUACAGAUGAUAUUAUAUCAAUGGCCGUACAUAAUGGGGAAAAGUAUGGAAAUAUCGUUGCAUCAGGAGAAAUUGGAGAAAAUCCAACGAUUCAUAUAUGGAAUCCACAAACAACACAAACUAUUUCUGUUUUAUCUGGAAAACAUAGACGAGGUGUUUGCUCAUUAAGUUUUUCAACAAGCGGAAAAUUAUUAUUAUCAACUGGUGUUGAUACACCAUAUACAAUAGUCGUGUGGCGAUGGAAAGAAGGUAUUAAUGUCGCAACUGCAACUGCAUCGGAAGAACGAAUAUUUCGGGCAUUAUUUCGUCCAAAUUCAGAUACACAUUUUGUAUCAGUUGGUGUUAAACACUUAAAAUUUUGGUCAAUUGCUGGAAAUACAUUAGUUCAUCAAAAAGCUCUUAUGACAACAAUGGUCGAUGGAAAACGAUCAACAAAAAUGCAAACAAUGCUUUCAAUUGCAUUUGGACCCGAAGAUCGAACUUAUACGGGUAGUAUGACCGGUUUAGUGUUUAUUUGGAAUAAAAAUACAUUGGAACGAACAGUACGUGCUCAUCAAGGCCCAAUUUUUUCAAUGUACAGUUCAGAUAAUUGCAUUGUUACAGGUGCUAAAGAAAAACGUUCUGCUGCUUCAACAAAAGUACUUAAUCCACUUAAAAUAUGGGAUUUAGAUAUGAAUAAUGGACGAGCAAUAAAACUUGACAUAGGGCCAACUGAUUCAAUUUGUAUUAGAUCUGUUUGUCGAAAUUCGAAAGGAAAAAUUUUAAUUGGUUUAAAAACUUCUGAUAUUGUUGAACUUGAUGAUAAAUCAUCUGAUUGCCAAACAACAUCAGUGGUAUUUGGACAUGGUGAAGGGCAACUUUGGGCAUUAUCACCACAUCCAACUAAAUCACUAUUUGCUACAGGCAGUUAUGAUCGAAAUCUUGUUGUUUGGAAUACAAGUACUAAAGGUCUUAUUGUGAAACGUGAUAUGGGAAAAGAAAUUCGUAGUGUUUCAUUCGAUCCUAGUGGUGACAUUUUAGCAGUUGGUUAUAAAGAUGGACAAAUUAGUUUGGUGAAUUUUUCUAUUGAUAAAAAGGAACUGAUAGAAACUCGUAAAACAAGAGAACGUAAUGCUGCAAUUUUAUGUGUUAGAUUUAGUCCUGAUGGAAAAAUCUUAGUUGCUGCAUCAGAAAAUUGUUGUAUUGACUUUUUUGAUGUUCAACAAGAUAAAUUAACUCGUCUUGGUUAUGUCACACGCAUUGCAGACGUUGUUUCACAAAUUGAUUGGUCUACAAAUUCAUUAUACAUCAGAGCAACUACUGUUGGAUAUCAUGCACUUACAUUUCAUGCACCCAUUGGUGAAGAAGUUAAAAAUCCUAAAGAAAUAGAAGCGAUUGUUUGGAAUACUUGGACGAGUCCGUCUGGCGAUGAUAUAAUUGGUAUUUGGCCAAAUGAAGUUAAAAAAGAUCAUAUCAAUUGUGCACACGCAACAUCAUCAACAAUCGCUACUGGUGAUGAUCUUGGUGCUAUUAAAUUAUUUAAAUUUCCAUGUUCAGAACCUAGAGCUGAAUUUAAAAUAUUUUAUGGUCAUUCUGAUAAUGUAACUAAUGUUCGAUUUUUGGCACAUGAAAAAUAUUUAGUUAGUUUAGGUGGUGAUGAUUGUUGUAUCUUUUUAUGGAAAUGCAUUACGGAGUCAGAAACUACAGAUGAUAACUAG